AUGUUGACCGCUGAGGAUUUUACAAAGCUGCCGCUCCAAUUGUGGGAGAAGGUUCUGCCGAAGGUAAAGAAAGCUGUUGUCUUCAUGGAUGACAAGUGUGUAGAGGCACUUCACUGGUGCGGUGGAGCUGCUGCCUUACUGGAAGCUGGAGCCAGAAAUGUAAAGCAGUUUUCGAGCUUCGAAUCGUGCGGUGUAAAUGAGCCCAAAGCCGUGUUUGUGGUGAGCACCUUGCUGAAGGGGAGGACCGUCGACAUCAUUAAAGACAUCAUAUCUCUCAGUCAUUUUCAGUACUGUGUUGUCUUCACCACAGUGGCUCAUUCGGUGCACCUGCUCGCCAACAACGUCACAGGGGAUAUGGAGGGCACUCCUGUGUUUGAACAGUUUGAAGAAAAGCUCUGUGAGUGGAUGGGGAACAUGAAUUACACGGCGGAAGUCUUGCAUGCUCCUGUGGUCUUUGCCCCCGUGUCAGAGAGGCUGAUCAUCACGCCAGCGUUCGCCCACCUGUUUCCCCUGCUGUCCCCAGAUCUGGACACAAUCAACGCUAAACGACCCGAAAAGAAGAGAUUCUCCAGCCUGAACGACCUGGAUAUGCACUCUCUGCCCGCUGAGCUGCAGCUUGAGGUCAAAUCCUUGGUGUCAGCAUUGAACGCUAUGUUUGAUGCAACAGGUACGAAGGAAGAAAGCUUUGCUGUGGGUCCAAUGAGCCGGAUCAUUGCAUGGGAGCUGGCCGGUCAUCCUCAAGCCAGAAACAGAAGGAAGAGCGCUCCCAACAAAGCAUCACUUAUCCUACUUGACCGGACAAUGGAUCUCACAGGGGCUGUUGGUCAUCAUGGUGACAACUUGGUGGAGAAGAUUCUGUCUACGCUCAGACCAUUACCUGGUCACGUGACUGAUGUGCAGGUGGACAUGCUGGACCUCACAAGCCUCAAGCAAACGCCUCACGCCCAAAACACCCUGGCCCCUGGCUGCCUAGCUCAGAACCAGUCAUCCGCGGCGAGGUCACUGUGGGAGGCCAUGCUGACCGGGAAGCAGAAAGAGGGCUUGGCGGAGAUCCACCGGCACCUGGUGGAGGCGGCCAGCCAGGAGAAGCUGCCAAUCAAGACGGGCACGGCUCACGUGACCCCCGAGCAGCUGCGCUCCGACAUCAGACUGUUCCGGAGCAGUUGGGGGGCACUGGAGAGUAACUGCGGGGUGCUCCAGCUGGGCCUGGCCGCGGCGCAGGCUCUCCGCCACCCCGCCAUGCCCCGCUGGGACGCCUGCCUGGCUUCUGAGAGGCUUCUGCUGCAGGCUCUCGGGGACUGCGAUUUCCCCGCCGUGUUGAGGCAGCUGCUGCCCCUGAUGAAGCCCCGCGGAGGCCAGGACAGCUCGUCCCUGGGGUCGAGGCUCGGGGAGGAUGAGUGCGGCCCAGAUGAGCUGAUCCUCCUGCUGGUCUAUCUGUACUCCCUCGCCGACGAGGCCCAGCGCGCGGAGCCGGAUACCGAGGAGGAGCUGGAGAAGCUGGAGAGGGACCUGAUAGGAGCGCUUACCCUGGUCAUCACGCGAGAGACAGAACUCAGCGCCCUGCUCCAGAAACUCACCGGCUGCGCGCACCCCGAGGAGCUGACCAACGAGCGGGCGCACGGGGCCGUGGAGCGGAUGUUCCAGACCCUCCGAGGCCUGAGCCGCACCAGGGACCACCUCAAGAAGCUGCGCUCCGUCUACACCGCCAGCGACGGAGUCCACCAGGCCACCUACCGGCCCUUCCUGCGGCAGAUCCUGGAGGAGGUCUUCCACCCGGACCGUCUGGAGUGUCCCGACAUCGAGCACAUGUCGGGAGGCCUCACAGACCUGCUGAAGACCGGCUUCAGCAUGUUCAUGAAAGUGAGCCGUCCGCAUCCCAGCGACAACCCCCUGCUCCUGCUCUUCGUGGUGGGGGGGGUCACGCCCUCCGAGCUCCGCCUCGUCCAGGAGACGGUCGACAAGCACCAGCCGGAGAGCCAGGUGCUGGUCCUCUCCACCCGGCUGCUCCGACCCGCCGACGUCCCGGAGCUGCUCUUCACCAAUCAGAGGCUGGCGCCCGACCCUCGGUGGGCUGGCUCUGCGCCCUCAGGCGUGAGCAGCUGGAGCCCACCGCUGCGUGGACCCCGCCGGACCCCGGGCCUCUCUGCGGAGAGGCCGCUGACCGCCGUAAACUCGCUGCCAAAGGUGCGGCCGCCCCACCUGGGGCUGGCGUCCUUCAGCCAGACUGAAACGGGACUUUAG